AGCUCCAAAAAUUCCAGUUCUACAGAGCCUCAAAUAAGUGGCAUUGUGCAGCUGCAAUGGGAAGAACAGUCGCUCUCCAUUUGAUAGUUGGGGUUUUGGCUGUUUUGAGUUUGUUUCUGGUCAAUGCAGAAGACCCAUAUCUGUACUACACCUGGACUGUCACUUACGGUACUGUUUCUCCUCUUGGGGUUCCUCAACAGGUUAUCCUUAUCAAUGGUCAGUUUCCGGGACCAAAGCUUGAGGUCGUCACUAACAACAACAUCAUCCUCAACCUCAUUAACAAGCUUGAUGAGCCUUUCUUGUUGACAUGGAAUGGAAUUAAACAGAGGAAGAACUCCUGGCAGGAUGGUGUAUUAGGAACAAAUUGCCCAAUUCCACCAAACUCAAACUUCACCUUCAAGUUUCAAGCCAAGGAUCAGAUUGGAACCUACACAUAUUUCCCAUCAACUCUUAUGCAUAGAGCUGCUGGAGGAUUUGGAGCACUCAAUAUCUACCAUAGAUCUGUAAUCCCGAUCCCCUAUCCAGCCCCUGAUGAUGAUUUCACUCUACUUAUUGGUGAUUGGUUCAAGUCUAGCCAUAAGACGUUACAACAUAUUUUGGACUCAGGAAGAAGUCUUCCGUUCCCUGAUGGAGUCCUUGUAAAUGGCCAGACUACCACUACCUUUGGUGGGGAUAAAGGGAAGAUUUACAUGUUCAGGAUCUCUAAUGUAGGCUUCUCAACCUCCCUAAACUUCAGGAUUCAGGACCACACUAUGAAGCUAGUUGAGGUUGAAGGAUCUCAUGUAAUGCAGAAUGAAUAUGACUCUCUUGAUGUACAUGUUGGACAAUCUGUGGCUGUCUUGGUUACCUUGAACCAAGCACCAAAGGACUAUUACAUUGUGGCGUCCACAAGAUUUACCCGCCGUGUUCUCACUGCAACUGCAAUUUUGCACUACACGAACUCACACACCCUAGUUUCUGGACCACCACCUGCUGCUCCUGCAACUGCAUACCACUGGUCAAUGCAGCAAGCUAGAACAUACAGGUGGAAUUUGACAGCAAAUGCAGCCAGACCUAAUCCUCAGGGAUCUUUCCAUUAUGGAAUGAUAACACCAACUGGGAGAAUUAUUUUCGAAAACUCAGCACCUUUAAUAAAUGGAAAACAGCGUUAUGCAGUCAAUGGUGUUUCCCAUGUUAGUCCUGAUACUCCUCUCAAGCUUGCUGAUUAUUUUAACAUCCCUGGAGUUUAUAGCUUGAAUUCCAUCCAAACUGUUCCUUCCGGUGCUACUGCAACUGUUGGUACCUCUGUUAUCCCAUGUUCUCUACACGAUUUUAUUGAAAUUGUUUUCCAGAACAAUGAAAUGACCAUGCAAUCUUGGCAUCUUGAUGGUUAUGAUUUUUGGGUUCUUGGUUAUGGCCGUGGACAGUGGUCCGAAGCUAAGAGAAGAACCUACAAUCUAGUUGAUGCUUUCACUAGACACACCGUUCAGGUAUAUCCAAAUUCUUGGACAGCCAUAUAUGCUUCCUUGGACAACCAAGGUAUGUGGAACUUGAGAUCUGCAAAAUGGGAGAGGCAAUAUCUGGGGCAACAAUUAUACCUCAGGGUCUGGACCCCAACUAAGAGUCUUGCUAAUGAAUAUGAUAUUCCUUCCAAUGUUCUACUAUGCGGUAAAGCUGCAAAACUACACCCUUAGUUUGGUACAAUCCAUACUAAGUCUCCAUCUCAGUCGUGAGGGUUUGACCAUAAAGGGCAUCUACAUGUUUGCUUUCUUUGUUUGUAUAUCUUAGAAACAAUAGAUUGAGAUGAUUCCGUUACAUUGUACUCUUACGUGAGGUUCAAGUGAUUGAAUUGUUUUUUAUGAAAUGUUCAUGAUUCAUGAAUUUUGGAUUAUUGUUGAUCCAAAUCAUUCUAUCCAACAAAUUGGUCACCUGUUU